AUGGCCCAGAAACAAUUUCCAAUCAACCGGGAGGAGCAUCAUUUUGACGCGUUCGAGCUGCUUUGCUUCGACAUAUGCGGGCCAAUGGAACAAGUUUUACUGGUUGGCAGCAAGUUUUUGCUGCUGAUUGUGGAGGAGGCCAGCGGAUACAUGAAAGGUUUUUGCCUACGAGCGAAGUCGGAGACUGAAGACCGCGCUAUGAAGUACAUCGUGAUGGUGGACUCACAAUUAGACGAGAAGGCCAAGUUUGUGCGAUACGAUGGAGCUCGCGUUUUCGCGACCAACUCGCUUCAAGUGUUCAGAGAAAAAGAAGGUGCCGAUCAGCAAAUCACGGUUCCGUAUGCAUAUCAAGUCAACGUAACAGUAGAACGCGCGAUUCGAACUAUCUUCGCGAUCGGCCGCAGCAUUCUCCAUCAUGCCAAGUUAGACAAGUGUGUAUUGGCGGAAGUUGCGAUGACGUCUGUUUACGUCAAUAAUCGUCUACCGUCACCUAAUAUCUAG